AUGGGCAACACGACCUCCAACGCCGGUGCCGGCGUCCCUCAGGGCCGACGCGUGCAUUCUCCAGGCCGCCAGUCCGCCUCCCCCGCUCGCCGCACCGACAGCCCCGCCGGCCGCGCCAAGUCGCCCCUGGGCCCCCAUCGCAGCCUCCGCCAGAAGAAGAAGAGCCUCGAGCUCCCCGACCUCGCCUCCCUCGCCCUCACCCCGUCUCACUCCGGCGCCUCCACCCCCCACCGCCGCGGCGUCCGCACCUCGUCCCCCAUCCCGAUCCCCGUCUCCGCCACCCAGAACCCAUCCUCGGUCGCGCCCCGCCCCCAGCUCCCCUCAACGACAGAGAUGGCCGAAGUCCUCUACCAGCCCCCGUCCACCCACAUCCCGAUCGCCCAUCCGGGGUACCGACCCCGAUCCCAGCACAUCCGUGGAGCACCUCUGCCCUACAACUCGACGCGCUCGUUCAGCGGCCGGAGCAGCCAAGUCCCGCCCGCCGCGGCGCGCCGGGCCGAUUCGAAUGAAUUCGUGCCCGAGGUCAUCAGGAGCAGCAUCCCCGUCGUUCUGCGGGACAAGGACGACGAUCAUGACGCCGAUGGCCAAGGACAUGUGCGUCGGCGGACGAAAGAUGACGAGCCGGUCCCGGUCAAGAUCGUGUGGCGAGGAGGUGCGGAGCGCUCCGUCGUGCUUGCGCGGGCUGGGGACGACAAUUGGAAAGGCAGGCAACCGCUCGAGCGGGACCCGGCAACGGACGAGUGGUCCGCGACGAUCAACCUCCUCCCCGGUACGCACCACAUCAAGUUCAUCGUCGACGACCAGUGGCGUACUGCGGAUGACAUGCCGACGGCGACGACCGACGACGACGGUUCGCUAGCCAACUACCUCGCCGUCGCCGCCCCGUCCUCGCCUCCGUCACCCGCCCACCACGGCCUCGCGUUGCGCACGGACCCCGCGCACGCCAAACAUCUCAAUGGUGGCAUCUCCUUCUGGUCAGGGGACGACACCGAGAGCGUGUCGUCCUAUGACGGCAAUGACGGCGGUGUUCGCAUCCGCGACGGCAUGUGGACGGACGAAUUCCCGCCCGCGCUCAUAGCCGCCGCCCGCGAGGAGGAAGCUUACCUCGCCGCGCAGGACGCGACAGACGACGCCUCGUACGAUUAUUCCCCCAACACCGCGCGCAUGCCUGCGCCGAAUGUGCCCCCGGCCCCGGCCCUGCCGCGUUUCCUCGAGAAGCUGAUCCUAAACGUACGCCAGGACCCGCCGGCAGGGAGAUCAAGCAGGGAAAGGGAGCAGCGCCGCGAGUCACGACGCAAGGGGCGCGCGUCUAACAUGUCCUCGUCGAACGUGUCCGAGAACGCGGAGCCAAUGCCGUCGCCGACGCCUAUUCCCGUCACCACCGCCUCGGGCACGGACGUGACCAAGGUGCACGGGCUGACGAUCACGCCGACGCUGCCGUCCACAGCGGAGGAGACUGGGCACAAGCCACACUCGCGAUCCCGGGGACAGAGCAUACGCGAGGCGCCCGCGCAGGUGCAGCAGGUGCAGACCCUCAGCGACGACGCGAGCGUGUUACCCGUACCGAGCCACGUCGUGUUGCACCACUUGAGCACCAGCGCGAUCAAAAACGGUGUGCUUGCCGUUGCCAAUACCACCCGGUACCGAAGAAAGUAUCUUACCACCAUUUACUACAAGCCGACGUAGGCCCGGCCAAGCACGGCCUACCCAUUCCCGGCCGUGCAUUCGAUAUCCAUGCUCGCAUAGAAGACACCCGAUAUGAUCGCGCCCUCGCUUAGAUGAUCCGAUCCCAACACUACUGAGCCAACGGUUAUUUAAGGAUAUUCAUCGCGCAUAUAUGCGGAGGACGGGUGCCACUGGACCGCAUUUCUCGUGCAGGCGUGCUCACACCCUUGCAUGCCUCCCCUGUGCUGUACAAUAGUACUCGCCAGCCCGUGGUGGACGACGGUUCCGAGGCUGAACACCCGACAAGUAUACGCCAACACGAAACGACGCAACCUGCACCCUGCUCAGUUUGAAGGUCUACAUAGAGGUGCUUCGAACCUUCGAGUCUGCCCUGGUCUACUUGUAUCGAUUGGUUGUUCCGAACCAGAGUGUGCGUUCAUGUAUCCAGAUGAAGAUGAUAAAGUAUGAAAAU